UGCAUCGGUUUCACGUUUUCAACUCCUCUUCCUCUGCAACGGGACCUCCUCCUGGGUGCCUUAUCUUUGAGUUUGCCAUUCCAAAACCCUGGAAAUUACAGGUCUCGGCUGUGUAGAGAUGAGGGAGGAGAAGGGUGUUUUAGUCUGGCGAAGUAUCCCAGGCCUUGAAGCUUCCAACACCGGUCUCGUUGGAAGCCCAGUCCCGCAAUUGCAAUGGAGAAAGAACGGGUUCAGUGGGAUUUCUUGUAAUUUUGCCUCUGUUUCAGUGCUAGACAAGGGAUUUCAGAACGAGCUGCCACCCACGUCCACCCCGACGGCGGCUCAGCUCUUCAAGCAUCCCCUAGCUUUGGUGGCUUUGGUGCCCAAAGACAUCUCUCUGUUUACUGCCGGCGCAGUUGCCGGAGCGGCGGCCAAGAGCGUCACGGCGCCUCUUGACCGUAUCAAGCUUCUCAUGCAGACUCAUGGCUUGAGAGUUGGGGAAGAAAGUGCUAAGAAGGCAAUUGGUUUUAUUGAGGCCAUAACAUUGAUUGGAAAGGAAGAAGGACUUAAAGGGUACUGGAAAGGCAACCUUCCUCAGGUGAUACGUAUCAUACCUUACAGUGCCGUCCAGCUGUUUGCUUAUGAAACUUACAAGAAACUUUUUAGGGGAAAGGAUGGUGAGCUCUCUGUUAUUGGUAGACUUGCAGCAGGUGCUUGUGCUGGCAUGACGUCCACUUUUGUAACUUACCCUCUAGAUGUACUUAGGUUAAGGCUAGCAGUUGAGCCAGGCCAUCAAACUAUGUCUGAGGUUGCCUUAAACAUACUAAGAGAGGAAGGAGUUGCAUCCUUCUAUAAGGGUCUUGGACCUUCUCUUCUUGGAAUAGCACCUUACAUUGCUGUGAACUUUUGCGUUUUUGAUUUGGUGAAGAAGUCUUUGCCAGAGAAGUACCAAAAGAGGACUGAAACCUCUCUAUUGACUGGUUUAGUGUCAGCUACCAUUGCCACAGUCAUGUGCUAUCCUUUGGACACAGUUAGAAGGCAAAUGCAAAUGAAGGGUGCACCUUACAAAACAGUGCUGGAUGCUAUUCCAGGUAUUGUGGAACGUGAUGGUUUUAUUGGAUUAUACAGGGGGUUUGUUCCCAAUGCGUUGAAAACCCUACCAAACAGCAGCAUUCGGCUUACCACCUUUGAUUCGGUUAAACGACUGAUUGCGGCUGGUGAGAAAGAGUUCCAAAGAAUUGUUGAGGAAAAUAGCAAGAAACAAAACCAGAAGGAGAGUCGUUGAAGAGACCAGUUCCUCAUCACGCUGGUUCUUUUGCUCGAUUUUCUUUUUGACUACCAUUUUUUGUGGACAUGAUGUCCCACCAUUUUCUUUUAUGGGGAUUAUAUUCCAUAAGGAGAAUGCCCUGUAUGAUGAUAUGUAGUGAUUCUUGAGCCACCAGUUCUGGUGUCCUGGGGCUAUAUUUUGGUCAGAUAAUCAUUAGUGCUAGUCUCGAAUAUUUAUUUAUCAACUUGGAUUUUUUCCC